AUGUUUAAUGCAAAAGGUUCGCUCUUCUGCGAAUAUGAAGUUACAUGGUGUUUCUUUGUCUCGAUGUGGGAAGAAGAUAUGAGCAUUCUCAUCAACACUGACGAUCUCAUUGGGAAAGAAGGCAUCAAAUGCAUCACUGACAAAUAUUCUUUUGACUACCUCAUUGAAGGACUUCAGUACAGCGAUGGUCCUUUUGAUAAUUUUUACGAGAUCUAUAUCACUGUCACUCAUAACUGUACUCAAGGAGAUCUCAAACAAGUGACACAGGAGACCAGCUCCGAGAGCAUUUUUUCCCGGAAUGUGCAGUUACGCUGGGAUGUUGACCUCACCGACGAGGGAGUAGUCGUGGACGAAUUCUUCUGA